UCCCUUCUCCCUCCCUCAUAAAAUCGGGAGACCUUUCCCUCCCUCCCUCCCUCCCUCCAUCGUCUCGUCCUACUCACACUCCACCUCCCCUCUCUCCCUCCCUCGCCGCGCCGUGCUCCCUCCACUCCACUCCACUCCACUCCGCUCCGCUCCAUCGCCCCAGGGCGCACACGGGAUCGGGCGCAGAUCUGCGCCCCACCUCCCCACGCGCUCGCUUCCCACUCCCCGCCUCCCCGCGCCAGGCGGCCUGGCUUAAUUCCGUUACCAAUGCGCUCUGGGUAGGGCAUGAGAGGCACUGGCGGCGGCUUGCCGGCGGACCAAUUCACAUCGGGAUGGACCUCAGCGUCGCCGCCGCCGUCGAGCUCGGCAAGCGGGGCCGCACCGAGGACCAGGACCAGGACCAGGGCCACGGGGACGCCAAGCGGCUGGCGCUCGUGCCGUGGCCGCCGCACCAGCAGCACCCCUCCUCGCGGAUCUACCGCGUCUCGCGCGGCUCCGGCGGCAAGGACCGCCACAGCAAGGUCUACACGGCCAAGGGCAUCCGCGACCGCCGCGUCCGCCUCUCCGUCGCCACCGCCAUCCAGUUCUACGACCUGCAGGAUCGCCUUGGCUACGACCAGCCCAGCAAGGCCGUCGAGUGGCUCAUCAAGGCAGCCGCCGCCGCAAUCGACAAGCUCCCAGAGCUCGAGGCCGCCGCCUUCCCCAACCACCCGGCCUCAGCCAACAAACAGUCUUCAGCUCUUCAACCGGAGGCCCACGGCUCGCAGCCUCAGCAGCAGCAGCUCACCAGAUCGGCCUGCAGCAGCACGUCCGAGACCAGCAAGGGCUCCGUCCUCUCGCUCUCUCGCUCCGACAGCCGAGUCAAGGCCAGGGAGCGCGCGCGUGACCGGAGCGCCUCUGUGAAGGACAAGGAGGCCGGAGACGACUCGGCCACCCGCGCCCCCUCGGCGCAGGCCGCUUCCUUCACCGAGCUGCUCACUGGAUUGGCGGCCGCUACCCCAGCCGCUGCUCAGCACAAGCACCACAACUCGUGGCACCAGAUGACCGCGUCUGCCACCGCGGACUACCUCGGCUUCGCCCAGCCCCGGAAAUCCGGGCACGGGAUGCUGCACACCUUCGCCUCCCCGGCCCCGCACCUUGGCAACAUUGCGCCCGUCGCCAUGGCCCCGGGGCAGCACUUCAGCUUAUCAGCUGGCGGCGAGCCGCAGACGGAGAUGCCGCACUUCUCCUUCUCGCAAGACCACUACAUGCCCGUCCAUGCGGCGGCAACGUCGGCUCCGUCAGUAGACUACAAUCUCAACUUCUCCAUGUCCUCGGGUCUUGUGGGUGUCAACAACACCAGGGGGACCCUUCAGUCCAAUUCGCAGCCGCACCUCUCCGGCCACCACCAGCAGCAGCAGCUCCAGAGGCUGUCUACUCCACUGGAUGCUCCGCACAUACCCUUCUUGUUCAGCCCAGCCGUCGCGGUGGCCUCCCCCACCACAGCGGAGAGCCACUUCGGCGCGGCGGCCGCAUUGCAGCUCUGGGAGGGGUUCAGGCACUCCGACAUGAAGGAGAAGGGCAAGAACUGAUCAAUGGCUGUGCAAUGCAGCGCUUCUUUUGGAUGGAAGUAAAGACGGCCAAUCAUCACCCCAUAUUCCUGUGAGCUCCAUCCAUUGCUUGAGACUUCCAUAAGUGCAUUGGGGGAUGAUUCCCUGCGCUCUUAGAAGCAGACCAUCAUUUGGACAUCUACCAUGGUCACCGAAGAACCUCAUCAUCGUUACUCAGAUGAUCGUGUGCUUUCUUUUUACUCCAUGUUAUAUUAAUCUUGUUUGUGGAGGUGAGGGUUCCCGAGCAAAAGCUUGCUAGAGUGCCCUUUCCAUGCUUUGCGUUCUAGAACUUUGUCAAUGGAUGCAUGUGCCCUGAAUCGGCAGCUCUUUUGACAUUGUUGGGAUGAGUUAUGACCUGUCAAUUUUUCUUGUUCUCCGUUGUGUGUUGUGUGACUGAACUCAUUGAUCCAGUCUAUAAGAUGAACUAUGUAUGUGGUGUGACCUUC